ACAUCCUAAGUUCUAACAAGUGCAAACAUCUACCCACAGGCAGGAUUGAGGCUCUGAUUCUCAGUACUGAGCUCGUCAAAGCCAUUAACAAUCUUUAUAUUUUCUUUUCUUUUCUUUUCUUCUGCCUAUCAAUCUUUAAUUGUUCCCUCGAUUCUCAUCCACCUUCAUCACUUUUCUCUCUUCGAUUCCUUCAAUCAAGUUUCGAUCUUGAUCAUCCUUAUUCAUUCCCAAUCUCUCCCAUCUCCACCCCUUUAUUAAUCUCCACACAAAAAUAAAGAAAAGAAAAUGGGUUGCACGAUGAGAGAAAAGCACAUCAGAGCUAAUCGGAGACCUCGAUCGGUGAAACCCGAUUCCGAUUCAUGCGAUAAGGACGCAAUAUCCAAAUCUAUUGCCGAGUCUGGUCUCAAACCCUUCAAAUACCAUCUGGGUCCCAACGAUUCUUCUCAGAACGCAAAUUCCAAUCCAAACCCUAACCCUAACGUUGAGGAAACCGGGUGGGGUUACUGUACAGAGGAACAAUUGGAAGAGAUUCUGUUGAAAAAUUUGGAAUUUAUAUACAACGAAGCUGUGUCAAAGCUUGUUGCUUUGGGUUAUGAUGAGGAUGUUGCCAUGAAAGCCAUACUGAGAAAUGGGCAUUGCUAUGGUGGCAUGGAUGUGUUGACAAACAUCUUGCACAACUCUAUAGCGUUUUUGAAUAGCAAUGGUGAUGGUGGGGGAGGCUGUAAUAAUGGUGGAAACUUAGAUGAGUCUGAGCCUGUGUUCUCUGACUUGAGGCAGUUGGAAGAGUACUCAUUGGCGGGUAUGGUGUGUUUGUUGCAACAAGUGAGGCCUCAUUUGAGCAAAGGUGAUGCAAUGUGGUGUUUGCUCAUGAGUGAUCUUCAUGUUGGUAGAGCUAGUAGCAUGGAAAUUCCGGUGCCAGGCAAUGGAUGUCCUGCUGCCACCGCCCCGGCCACUGUUGAGGCCGGUGGCAAUUCAGUUGGCGUCAUGGCUCCAGCUCUAUGUAGGUUUCAUGGGGGUUGGGGAUUUGGUGAUGGGGGAGGGUUGGAUUUUCCUGUGAAUGGGAUAUUCUCUUGUGGUGCAGAGAUGAAUUUGCAGCUGCAAAGAGAUAUUGAAUUCCCGAAGAGGUUUAAUCUUUCUCCUUCCAUGAAGUCCUUGUUGAAGAGAAAUGUGGCUAUGUUUGCUGCUGGUUUUAGGGCAAACUCUAAGCAGUUGCAGACGCAUGCGAAGGCCUUUCCUGGCCGGAGUUCUGCGUCUAAUGUGGAUUCUUUGGCUGUAUCUGGGGCGGAAGUCCAUGCUGAGCAGUCUGGAGAUUCACAGAAUCUCGAUAACCAAGAUGCAGUGAAUUCGGUGCUGAGUAAAUUUCGUGAUUUGAAUCUUGAUGAGAAUUUGGAACUUGUGGCAGAAGAUCAGAAGGAUGAGCUGAUAGUUAAUUUAUUUCAUCAAAUUAAAGAUCUUGAGAAGCAGGUCAAGGAGCGAAAAGAUUGGGCACAUCAGAAGGCAAUGCAGGCCGCGAGAAAGCUAAGCAGUGAUCUAACUGAGCUGAAAAUGUUACGGAUGGAAAGAGAGGAGACUCAAAAAUUGAAGAAAGGGAAACAGGCACUUGAGGACACGACGAUGAAGAGACUCUCGGAGAUGGAGAAUGCUUUGAGAAAGGCUAGUGGUCAAGUGGACCGUGCAAAUGCAGCUGUUAGAAGACUAGAAACAGAAAAUGCAGAAAUCAAAGCAGAAAUGGAGGCUUCCAAAUUAAGUGCAUCAGAGUCAGUAACAGCUUGCUUAGAAGUUGCAAAAAGGGAGAAAAAAUGUUUAAAGAAACUUCUAGCUUGGGAAAAACAGAAAGCUAAACUGCAGCAAGAGAUUUCUGAUGAAAAAGAGAAGAUAUUGGAGACACAAGAAAUAUUAGUUCAGAUUAGACAGGCUCAAAAAGAUGCUGAGGUUAAGUGGAAGGAGGAGUUGAAGGCUAAAGAGGAAGCCUUAGCGCUAGUUGAGGAGGAGCGCCGGUCUAAGGAAGCAGCUGAGUCUAAUAAUAAGAGGAAGCUCGAGGCUUUGCGUCUGAAGAUAGAGAUAGAUUUCCAGCGGCACAAGGAUGAUCUACUAAGACUUGAGCAGGAGCUUUCGCGCCUUAAAGCAUCUGCUCAGUCUGCAGAGUUGCAUCACCAAUCAAACACUUCACCUAUCAGUGACCUUGAGGGUGCAAAGCCUAAAAGAGAGACAAUUGCUAGGCUGCUCCAAGAAUUAGAUAAUCUGGAGGAUUUUUCAGAGAAAGAAGUGAACAGACACAGGGAGUGCAUUAUAUGUAUGAAAGAUGAAGUCUCCAUUGUUUUCUUGCCGUGUGCGCACCAAGUCAUGUGUGCUAGUUGCAGUGAUGAGUAUGGAAGAAAGGGUAAGGCUGUUUGUCCUUGCUGCCGGGUUCAAAUCCAACAGAGAAUCCGUGUAUUUGGGGCAAGUUCUUAGCUUAUUUAUAAGUUUAAUUUUCAAUUGGUCUUGGGCAGGUAUAUACCCCUAUGAAUAUUUUACAAAUCCUUGCAUUAGGCUACUUGUCUCACCAAAUCUCACAUUACACGCAGUGAGUCGUGAGGAUAGUCAGGAAAUAUUAUUGCUAUUAUUAUAAUAUAAAUAAAAAACAAAGUCCUGGCAUUUGCUUGUCUAUUGGAAUGGUUGAAAUUUUGUCGGUUGCUGCCGUUGGCUUGAAAAUAAGAUAUGGGCAACUGUCAUUUUGUCU